AAUCAUUUAAUAAAUUUACACCUAUUAUGACACUGUUUUUAUUUUCAUGACUAUUGUUGACAUUGUUUACUUUGACCCAACAUGAGUGGUUAUGAACAAGUGCAUUUUAGUCCCUUUUUUUGGUUUCUUUUUUAAAGGGAAUAUAAACAAAUAAUAAACAAUGAUAUGCACUACGUAUGUAUACAAAUAAUGUAUUUUCUGUGAUAUCAAGCAGUUUUUUUGUGUUUACUUUAAAGGGGAACUGCACUUUUUAUUUUUAUUUUAUUUUUUUAGAAUUUUGCCUAUCGUUCCCAAUCAUUAUGAGAGACAAGAAGACAACUUUUUUUUUUUUUUGCAGUCUAACAUGUAAAAAUCGUCUCGUUCUUGGUGGCAAGCGAUGCAGCUAAUGGGAAUAAUCCAUUCUACCUCUAAUUCACUUUAAAAAUGCAUUCAAAAACUGUCAACAAUACUUAAUUUACGUUCCGUAACCCGUAUAAUAACCAAGCUGUAGCAACUUUGUUAUUAACGAUCCCCAGGUAAGUUUGUCACUUUCUUUGUCUCGCUAAGUUGCUAACUAACAAAUAUUUUCAUUCUGCACUUGUGACAGGAGAUCAUGAACUUGCUUGUGUUAUCGAUGCUAAUUGUGCAAAUACACCCUGUAGUGCCUGUGACUUACUCGCUCAAGUAUUUCCACACUGCGUCCUCUCAAGUUACAAACUUCCCAAAUUAUGUGGGCGUGGCUUAUCUUGAUGACAUUCAGAUCGGUUACUAUGACAGCAACACAAAGACAGCAAAAGCCAAACAAGAAUGGAUGAAGAACUUUACAACAGUGGAUCCAGAGCACUUUAAAUGGCAGACACAUUUAGGUAUUCGCAAUGAAGUGAAGGACAAAGAGGACUUGGAAAGUUUACAGAAGCGCUUCAACCACACUGAAGGUCUUCACAUUUACCAGAGGAUGUACGGCUGUGAAUGGAAUGAUGAGACUGAUGAAAUCAAGAGUUGGGAACAGUCCAGCUAUGAUGGAGAAGAUUUUUUAGCGUUAGACACCAAGACAUGGACAUGGACUGCAGCAAAACCACAAGCCGUUCCCAUCAAACACAAGUUGGAGCGCGAUCAAAGUCGUAUGGAGCUCGUAAAGGGUUACCACACUGAGAUCUGUGUUGAUAACUUGAAAAAGUAUGUGAACUUUGGUAGAGACGUACUGAUGAGAUCAGAGGUUCCAGAAGUGUUUCUCCUUCAGAAGACGCCGUCCUCUCCGGUCAGCUGCUUCGCGACAGGUUUCUACCCCAGCAGUGCAACCUUAUUUUGGAGGAAAGACGGCAAGGAUCUCCACGAGAUUGUGGUGCACGGAGAAAUGCUGCCCAACCCUGAUGGAACCUUCCAGAUGACGGUGGAUCUGAAAGUGGAGGUGACGGCCGAAGUGGAGGGCAAGUACGAAUGUGUGUUUCAGCUGUCUGGUGUCAAAGAGGACCUGGUCACCAAGCUGGAGAGAAGAAGCAUCCUGAGCAACGCAAGCGAUGAAGGCAAUGUGUGGGUCGCCGUCGGCGCCACGGUGGCGGUCGUUGCAGUGAUCCUCGCCAUCAUUGUUGUAGUCGCCGUACGUCACAAGAACAAAAAAGCCAACUAUGAUCCAGCUGCUGGUGACGAUGGUACCGAGCGCUCAGAGAACUCAAUGGAUGAAAGCAGUCGGAACACAGAGCUUUUGAGCACUGGGACACAGAGCGACCACUGAGGAGCGUGGUCACACUUGAAGACGAGAAGGAGAUAAAUAAUAAUAAUAAAUGGGUGAUACUUGUAUAGCGCUUUUCUACCUUCAAGGUACUCAAAGCGCUUUGACAGUAUUUCCACAUUCACCCAUUCACACACACAUUCACACACUGAUGGCGGGAGCUGCCAUGCAAGGCGCUAACCAGCAGCCAUCAGGAGCAAGGGGUGAAGUGUCUUGCCCAAGGACACAAUGGACGUGACUAGGAUGGUAGAAGGUGGGGAUUGAACCACAGUAACCAGCAACCCUCCGAUUGCUGGCACGGCCACUCUACCAACUUCUCAUCAAACUGCUCCUCGUGUUAUACGGUCUCUUUUUUUAUGUUUAUGUCUUAAAAAACGAGUUACGAUCAAAUGUUUUUGCUGCCUUUGGUGGGAUCACUUGCAAUGUAACACUUGGAUACUUGUAAUUAUGUCUUUUCAUUUUCGUACACAGCUCUGUAAUUCAUUGGCCAAACGCUAUCCCACACUUUUCUAAAGUAAAUCUGUAUAGUAGAUAUGAUCAUCUACAUCAACAACAAGAUUUGUCGGAGUGGCUGGACAGAACAGAUUGAAAACAAUUAUAAUAAUUUAAAUCCAUUUUUGAUGUUUUUGAAUCGAUUAAGAAUCGUUACAAAUAAGAAUUGCGAUUAAUCUGAAAAUCGGAGACAUCACAGGGCUUUUGCGGGUGAGUAUUAAAAUUCACUGAACGGAUUUUGCUAUAAUUAAGGCCUUAAAUGGCAUUAAAAAGCAUUACAUUUGAUAUCCACAGGCAUUACUAAACAUUUAAUUCGGUAAAAUAACAAAUGCUUUUACCUAAUCUCAAGUCGGCGAUUAAAGGCAGGCGGCGGUUAACGGUGCCAAAUUUCUUUGGGCGUGACCCACAAAGCAACCUCUGCUGUCGCCACCACAACUGGCAGCUGCUGCCACCACAACUGGCAGCUGCUGCUACCACUACAGAAAAAUACAUUCCCAGAUUAAACAAUCUUGUGAGUCAAAUUUUAAUUCACUACAGAGUAACAGUUAAUGUAAGCUGUUCAACUAUUCAAGAUUAAUAUUGUCAAAUGUUUAGAAUUGUGUCUAUGUAGACAAUAGUACGUUUUUGAUUAUAUAUAAUAACUACCUGCAAUAGGACACGGGCAUUAAAUGUGUUUUAAGUGGCAUUAAAAUAGCAUUAAAUUAGAUCUGAUGAUACCUGUAGAAACCCUGUAUGAAAGCCAGAGAGGAAACCUCAUUUAUUUGCACUUGUUAGGUCACGAGCAGCAGAACUGCUAAAGAUCUAUUGUAAAUGUUGUAAUUAUUAUUAUUGCUGAUCGUGACCUAUUGUAAACGUUCCAUUUAUUAAUAUCGCUGCUCCUGAUAUAUUGGAACUGUUCCGUUUAUUAUUAUGCUCCCAGUUACUUUUACAGUUCAUUUUAAAAUUGUACUCAAUAUUUUUAAAUGCUUUAAAUGCUACACCAAGUAGCCCCGCCCUAUCUUAUUGAGCUGCUGCAGCCUUUUUGUCCCAGCAGGACCCUGAGGUCUUCAGACCAGCUCCUCCUGGCUGUCCCAAAAACUAGGCUAAAAACCAGAGGAGAUAGAGCCUUCUCAGUGGCAGGGCCCAGACUGUGGAACAACCUUCCACUAUCUAUUAGGUCCUCCCAGUCUCUGAGACAAUUUAAAUCUAGGCUAAACAUAUUUUUUUACUCCAUGACGUUCAAAUCCAGUUAGACAGGAUGUCUUGGUUGUUUUUAUUUCUUGUUUUGUAUAUUUAUUAAUUAUUACAUUAUAGUAUUUUAGGUGAUUCUGCACUUCUUUUAAGCUAUUGUGUUGUAUUCAUCCUUCCAUGUUACAAUAUAAAUGUGACACUAUGUGCCCCUUUUUUUGUUGCAAAUUGUUUCUUAUGUCUGUACAGCACUUUGGCCAACUGGGCUUGUUUUUAAAUGUGCUUGUAUGGUGUUCGGGUCUGUGGGACCCGUUUUCAUUUUUUAUUAAAAGAAAAAUGAUACAAUUAAUACAUUUUUCAA